AGCUGUUAAGUGUUUACAUAUGUAUUUGCGUGUGUAAAAAUAUAAAUGCACGUAUAAUCUGUUUAUCUGGAAAAUAAUAAGAGUUAAUAAGUUUUGUGGAAAUCCAUUAUGGCUGCUGAAAGUGAUGCUAUAGACAAGGAUUGUUUAGUUCGAGUGGCCGUGCGAAUUCGUCCACAAAAUUCAAGAGAGUUGAUUGACAUGUGUCGAGUAUGCACUACGGUAACUCCAGGCGAGCAACAAAUUGUUUUAGGAUCUGACAAGGCCUUCACCUUUGAUUAUGUCUAUGAUGUGGACUCAAAUCAGUGUGAUAUAUAUACCGAAUGUGUGGAUCGUUUAGUUGAGGGAACCUUGCAUGGUUACAAUGCCACAGUACUUGCAUAUGGACAGACGGGCUCUGGCAAGACCUACACAAUGGGAACAGGCUUCGAUCAGGCCUCUGGGGACCAUCAACUUGGCAUAAUACCACGAGCGAUUCGCCAUAUAUUUGCUGGCAUCGAUGGAGCGCAGUAUACAGAAAAUAAUGAAGGCUCCUCCGGUACAGCUCCACAGUUUAGUGUGGCUGUUCAAUUUAUAGAGCUCUACAACGAGGACAUUAUCGACCUUUUGGAUCCAUUUAACAAGAGUACAACCUUUAAAAUUCAUGAAAGUGGAACUGGACAAAUAACAAUAUCAGGUGCUACCAUUAAACCAAUAAAUGAACCACAAGAUGCACUUAAAUUGCUCCAGCAAGGUGCCUUGGCACGAACCACAGCGUCAACCAAGAUGAAUGAUUUGUCAUCUCGAUCUCAUGCGGUUUUCACAUUGUUUGUACGGCGCCAACACGUACUGGAAUCUAAAAACAAUUUCACAGAUAAUGACUUUGAAACGUUGACAUCCAAGUUUCAUUUUGUUGAUUUAGCUGGCUCAGAACGAUUGAAGCGAACAUUGGCAACAGGAGAGCGGGCCCGGGAAGGCAUAUCCAUUAAUUGUGGACUCUUGGCACUUGGCAACUGUAUUUCAGCUCUGGGUGACAAGUCAAAGAGGGUGUCGCAUGUGCCCUAUCGAGACUCGAAGUUGACACGUCUGCUUCAGGAUUCAUUGGGUGGCAAUAGCCAAACAUUGAUGAUUGCUUGCAUAUCGCCAAGUGAUCGGGACUUUAUGGAAACACUGAAUACAUUAAAGUAUGCCAAUAGAGCCCGCAAUAUUAAAAAUAAGGUUCAAAUUAACCAGGAUCAAACAUCUCGAACCAUUUCCCUAUUGCGAAGGGAUAUAGCUGCAUUGCAAUUAGAGCUUUUGGAAUAUAAACAGGGAAAACGUGUAUUAGACUCGGAAGGAAAUACAUUAAUAUCGGAUACAUUUUAUGAGAACUCAAUGCUAUUAGCUGAUAAUAAGCGUUUGCAGCAGCGACUGAAGUCAAUGCAACAGACUAUAGACAUCUUAACGGAUCGAAAUGCUCAGCUCAAACUGGAGAAACAAGCUCAUGAAUGGACAAGGAACGAGAGCACAGAGUUGGCGGUCGCCAAUUUGGUUGGCAAUUAUUUGGGCGAAAUUGAAAAAUUACAAGCAAAAGUAAUAGAAUCGGAAUCUAUGUGCCAACAAUUAAAUAAAUUAAGUUCAACUGGGAAUUCGCCACGUGCAACAAAAAGUGCCUACGAUGAUCCAAAUGUCAUUAUAAAUAUAGCUAAACGAGGCUUGGAAAAAGAUCGAGAACUCUUGAUGUCUCGUUCAUUGCCUGGCAUACCGAAUGACAGUAAUCAGCAAGUGGAUUUGGAGUCUUCUGAUAGUGGAAGUGAUUCAAAUGAAAUGGAAAUGGAAGAAAACUUGAAUGAAAUUAAUUCAGAUAUAGAGAUAAAAACUAAAUUAAUUGAACAGUUGGAACUGUCGCAAGAGAGAAUUCAACUAAUGCGGCAACAUUAUGAGGAGAAACUAACGGCUUUAACUUCGAAAAUUUUCAACACACAAAAAGAAAGAGAUGAAGUUUUAGCAAACAUGGCAGGUUCCGUUUCCGGUUCGACAAACAACCCCAAAGACAACUUAAAGGCUGUUAAGAUGGAAUAUGAACGUAAACUGAAUGACAUGAAUCGUGAAAUGAAAAGAUUACAACAAACACAACGCGAACAUAUUCGUCAACAAAAAGAGCUCAAAACACAGGAAGUUAAAUUACAAAACUUACGAAUGGAGCUGAAUGAAUUGAAAUGCAGUAAGGUAAGGCUAAUGAAGAAAAUCUCUGAGCAAUGCAAUCGUCACAAAGAGGAAAACACAAGAAAAACUCGAGAAAUUGCUCAGUUACGCAAAGAGCAACGCCGGCAAAAGAAUGCAGUUUUGACAUUGCAGGCAAAAAUGAAUGCCAAGGAACAAAUAUUGAAAAGAAAGUCCGAGGAAGUGUCGGCACUGCGUAAAAGCCAACGCGGACUUACAUUUCAAAGAAUGGGUCGACAGUCAGUAUCGAAAAUGGAUCAGAAUCGUUCUCCACAUCAUCGCUGGGAAACUUUAUCUCGUACGAUAUUGCAUUCGGCGAGAAACAAGCAACUGAUAACACAGCUGGAAACUGAAUUGGAACGUCUAGUUAAGGAAAGGGAAGAACUUUGCCGUGAACUGGCACGUAUUCAGGAUCCCGAAAAUCUAGAAAGAGCAUCUGAAUAUUCAAAUGAAGAGGAUAAUUUGAAAACCAACAUUGGAUAUUUACAAGAAAAUAUUGAGCAUGUUCAGAAGGCAAUUAUGGAAUUUGAAGAUGUCAAGGACCCGGUGCAUAGUGAUACAAGUAAAAUACAAAAUAUAUUUGACAAAAUCAACACAAUUGAGGAAGCCAAAUAUCUGCUACAAAAAUUGUCGGACAACGCUAUCUAUAUGACAUGCAAUUCAUCAAUGAUCGAAAGCCGGAUGCAAGAGCGUGAGGCAUUACUUAAGGAAGCCCAACAUGAAAGUGGCAUACAACAACAAUUAUUGCAAUAUUUUCUGUCAAACAAUACCAAUGUGCAAAUAUCCGAUCUAUUUGAUUCAUUGAAUCUUGAUGACAAACUUAAUAUCAACAAUUUAAAUCGAAGUUGGUCCCAGAAAUCGUUGAUCAGCAAUGGGACUUACGAUAUUCCCCGGUCCGAAGCAUUACAAUAUGGCUCCCUUAACGAGGAACCGUUUUCGAAAACCAAGUGUGCAUCACCUAACACUACAAUUGAAACCUCUUCCGACAAGAGUCCAAAGGUGCGUGGGCGUACAGCAAGAAGACAGGAUCUUCUCUUUGGAGAUACCGGAUUUCCAAAGUGACCAAGCCCAUGAAGCUAUUAAUGUCUUGUUAUGGAUAUACAGGCAGCUAUAUUUAUAUGCAAGCACACAUAUCGAAUGCUAAGAAAUAGUUUCACUUUGUAUAAUACAAAUAAAUUUAUAAUACUGAAAA